CUAAAAAAAGUCCCUUUUUCCGGUGACGUGUAUUCGUGACAGCGAUAUGUGAAACUAAACGAAACGGAAACAAUAAAACAUUGCAUAGCUUUCGAUUUAAGCUUUUUUUAAAAACUGUUUUUGCUGGUGUCUCUGACCGUCACCGAAAAUGGAGACGCUUUACCAUCAGACCAAUAAACAAAUUCAGGAGGUUCAGUCUCAGAUGGGACGACUGGAGACAACAGACCGACAGUCAGUCCACUUACUCGAAAAUGAGAUUCAAGCCAGAAUUGAUCAGAUCUUUAAUCAGCUGGAGCGCCUGGAGAUUCUCGCCAGUAAAGAGCCACCAAAUCGCCGCCAAAAUGCCAAACUGCGUGUUGAUCAGUUAAAGUACGAUGUGCAGCAUCUUCAAACGGCCUUGAGCAACUUCCAGCACAGACGCUACGCUCGCGAGGCUCAGGAAAGAGAACGAGAGGAGCUCUUGAGUCGAAGUUUCACAACAAAUGACGCAGACACCUCCAUCCCUAUCGAUGAGACUCUGCAGUUCAACAGCAGUCUACAGAGCGCUCACAGAGGAAUGGAUGAUAUCUUGGGUUCGGGCUCCAGCAUCCUGAACGGCCUAAGAGACCAGAGGAGUACACUUAAGGGCACACAUAAAAAGAUGUUGGAUGUGGCGAACAUGUUGGGUUUGUCGAACACGGUCAUGCGUUUGAUUGAGAAGCGAGCGUCACAGGACAAAUUCAUCAUGAUGGCUGGAAUGCUGGCUACCUGCGUGGUCAUGUUUCUGGUGGUUAAAUACCUUAGCUGAACUUUUCCAGUUUUCUCGGAUUCUGUUUCUUGAUGGCGUCUGCGGCUCAUUCCGGUUUUCGUGGCACGUGCGUCACAUCUGUGAAAAAAAAAAAAGUGUACAGGUUGAAGGAAAUCACACAACUGCCUAUUGCACUGCCAGAUUCAUCUCCACAAAUCUUUAGCAUCUGUCUUUAAAAGAUGUCGAAUCCUUUCAUAACUUUCCUUUAAGCUCUCGGAUUCUCAGAUUUGUUUGACCGCUAUCUAUCUUGGAGUCUUCGCUAAUCUAAAAAUAUCAGCCUAGCCGUUCAGUGUGGCUGUUGCUCGAAAAACAGCAGCGCUAAUAGUCAUUAUAAAUAUGAUAUUAAAAGACAAUGGUUAGACUAGAACAGGAGUGCUCAACCCUGCUCUUAGAGAUCAACCUUUCUGUUCAGCUUCAACCCUGAUCAAGCACACCUGAGCCAAUUAAUUAGGACCUGAACAGCACUUAAUAAUUACAGGCAGGUGUGUUUAUAUAUGGGUUGCAACUGAAACCGGCAGAAAAGUAGAUCUCCAGGAGCAGGGUUAAGCACCCCUGAACUAGAGUUGUGGUUUGUCAUUUGGCUCUACAUCGCCACCUUCUGGACAGCAAAAAAUGUUUGACAGUUUUUUUGUACUGUUCAUGACUCUUCUAAGCUGUACAUAAAGAUUUCUUGAAAAUGCUGUGCAAUAAAAGUCAAACAAACACACACACACA